CUAAUGUAGGUUAUUCUAUUAAUCUCGACUUAGAAAUAAUACCUCGGAAAUAUACUGUGUAGCUGAUAGGCGCUAGGCAUGGUGUUAGUUAGCUAGUUUCAACCUUAUACUCUAUUCAGGCUCCUGAAAGACAAUAAUGUCAGAGAAAAGAAAGUCUGUCAAGGAUAGACUGAAGGACUUCUUUAUUGGGACUGAAGCAAAAGCCCUGUCCUUGACCUCACCCCCUUUACCAGGCGCGGGCAUGGGGACUUCGGGCCAAGCUGAGAGUCAAACUAAUGUACAAAGCGCAGCUAAACAAGGAAGAAAGGAGAACAAGUCCAGCACUACUCACACUAGGGACAAGCCAGCAGCACACACUGGGCCACAGUACUCGUACUCGAGUACAACUGACAAUCAUUUGAUGAAUUCCUUUGGGAUAUCGGAUCUCCCAACCAGCCCAGAGGGUGACGAGGGUAAUUCAAGGGAAAAACCCAACGAGCCACUGAAGGGCAAACCAAUGCUUAGAGGCAAUUCCAGUGAACUGUCACAUCCCUCACAACCUCCACUAGAGUUCCACUGCCCACUCAACCCACAGUACCUGUCCACUCAGUACUCAACCGACUCCCUCCCGUGUAGCGACGAGUUCCCCACUCAGGCAAUCAGUAAGUUUGUUGGAGGAGCUGGUUACGCAUCAAUGCCUUGUGACCCUGAGACUGGGAAGCCAGCAAAGCACGAAAAUGUCUUCAAGCAAAUCUCGACAGCAUCAAGUGGUUCAAGUGGAUCUGAUAAACUAUGCCUUGAGGAGUCCAUUCCUAUGAGGGUUUACACUGGAGAGAAGAUGUCUUCUUUUAGAAAUCUCAGAGAGGAAAAUGAUAAAUUAAGGAAUCAACUCGAAUGUCAAAAUGAAGAGAUCAAAGUUCUAACCCAUCUUGUGGAAAGUGGACUUGAAACGAAUGGUGAUGGGGGGGGAAUUUUCUCAGGGGAUUUCCCUAGUGAACUAGACAGCGUGGAAAAUCGUAUUAUAGGCGUAGCUAAGAUAGUGACCAAUAGGAGCUCCAUGAGGACGGAUGAGAAGGGAGAUCCUGUGCCCUCGUCAGCUGUCAGUCAACGUGAAUCCAAACAAGAGCACGAACUAAUGCGACAAGUGGCCAGUCUGAAAUGUCAGCUAACAUUGAAAGAACGAGAGGUCACAACACUGAAUGAUCAAAUGCACGCAAAAACGAAACGAUUGAUACCCUGACCCAAACAGUUGAAACUAAAGACCUUGAAAAGAGACGAGGCUACCAUAAUAAAGACAUGGAUGAAUAUCUUGUUCAAGUCACUCAACUAGCCAGUCAACUCAGUGCCUUGGAAGAAAAAGAGAAAGCGUAUGUGAAAAGAAUUGCCAUGUUAGAAGUUCAACUGUUGAAAGUUACUGGCGUUGCUCGAUUGACAAGAAAAACUUACGACGACAAUACUAAACUUCAGGCUCAAGUGAAGGUAUUAACUUCCUCUUUGGAGUCCGCCUAACAGUCGAUUGAUGAGGCUUCAACUCCAAUGGUUGAUGAGAGAGCUGACACAAGACUAUUGACCCUUGAAGCCCACAAGGUGCCUGAUCUUGAGAGUGAAGUGGAGGAACUAAAGAAGAAGUUGGAAGAUAUCGAGCAGGAUACUGCAAGGCAGUACCAAGAGACACAGAUGAGUCAAGUUAUGGAGAUCAGUCAAAAAGAGGAAAACCUACGCAAGCUGAGCUCAGAGAUGGAGCUUCUCAGAGAAGAAAAUGCUUCAUUGUCGUCUCGUCUCCAAUCACCAACGACCUCUGACCCCACACUCGAUACUGACUCAUACCAGAUUUUGUUGCAAGAUUCAGGUGACAAAGAUCAGAACGUACGACAAUUGAAGAGAUUAGUUGAAGAGAAACAGAUGCUACUGGAAGUGAAAGCACAAGAACUUCAGGCAAAGUCACAAAAUAUGGAGGCUGAAAAUGCUAAACAAAUGGAAGAAAUUAACAAGCUCAAGGUUCUAAAUACGAAAUUACGAGACCGUGUUGUUAGUCUUGCCACUCCUAUUGACAGCCAAGCAGCAGGAGCUAGUGCAGACACUACUGAAACAGAGGUGCUUCAGCAAGGUGGAGCUCAGUUGGAGAAGGAGACCGAUUCUAAAAAGAGGCUGAAAAAAGCAGGGCGUAUAAAAAUGGAGCAGAAAUCAGAAAUCAAGAAACUUGAGCAGCAAAUUACAGACCUUGAACCUAGACAGAAAAUAAAAGCCACUGACAGUGAUGGAAGAUUGACAAGAGCAAUAUCAAAAAUUCAAACGUUAGAAGACACGAUAAAAGAACUCGAGGAACAGAUUGAACGUGGACAGCCAAUGUCAUCUGGAAAUGGUGGUGAUGGAAACAAAUCAGCCGAGGGAAGAUCAGUGAUUGAUAAGCAGCAGCAACAAAAGAUCCGCGAUCUUGAGCAGCAGAUUCACGACUUGAAAGUUGGGCAGGAGAGUAUGUACCAGGCAAUGGAUGACAAUCAGGCAGCCGUGGAUAAAAUGUCCAAAGAUCAACGUGGACUCUUGGAGCACUCAAAAUCACAGAGCAAGAACAUUGUGGAGCUGAAAGACGAACUUAAAUUCUUGCAGGAGUCAAAGAACGAGAUAGAGGCCUCUCUAAGACGUCAACAAGACGAGAGAAAAACGUUGGACUUCGUGCACAAGAAAGUAAUUUCCGACAAAGCUAAACUUGAGCAGCGAGUGACGCAACUACUACAGCGCCAACGUGACUCGAACUCUUCUGCAGAUCGACUAACCAAAAUGGAGGCUGACCUCGGCAGGAUAAGAGCUGAGAGGAAUGAGCUAAAACAAGUUGUGACUGAGUUGUCCCAGAAGAGUGCUCAUCUAAAGGAGGUGGAGGUGUUACAGUGUCAGCAGAAAUCUAUCGCUCAAACUGCUGUUAUAGAAAAUCAGCAAAAAAUCAGAAGAUCAGUGAUUGAUAAGCAGCAGCAACAAAAGAUUUGCGAUCUUGAGCAGCAGAUUCACGACUUGAAAGUUGGGCAGGAGAGUAUGUACCAGGCAAUGGAUGACAAUCAGGCAGCCGUGGAUAAAAGGUCGAAAGAUUACCAAGGACUCUUGGAAUACUCAAAAUCUCAGAGCAAGAAAAUUUUGGAGCUGAAAGACGAACUCAAAUCCUUGCAGGAGUCUAAGAAUGAGAUAGAGGCCACUCUAAGCCGUAAACAAGAGGAGAGAAAAAUGUUGAGCUCUCAGUAUAAGAAAGUAAUUGACGACAAAGCUAAACUUGAGCAGCAAGUGACACAACUACUGGAGCACCACUGUGACUCGAACUCUUCUGCGAAUCAAAUAACCAAAAUGGAGGCUGACCUCGCCAGGAUAAGAACUGAGAGGAAUGAGCUGAGACAAAUUGUGCCUGAGUUGUCCCAGAAGAGUGCUCAUCUAAAGGAGGUGGAGGUGUUACAGUGUCAGCAGAAAUCUAUCGCUCAAACUGCUGUUAUAGAAAAUCAGCAAAAAAUCAGAAGAUCAGUGAUUGAUAAGCAGCAGCAACAAAAGAUUUGCGAUCUUGAGCAGCAGAUUCACGACUUGAAAGUUGGGCAGGAGAGUAUGUACCAGGCAAUGGAUGACAAUCAGGCAGCCGUGGAUAAAAGGUCGAAAGAUUACCAAGGACUCUUGGAAUACUCAAAAUCUCAGAGCAAGAAAAUUUUGGAGCUGAAAGACGAACUCAAAUCCUUGCAGGAGUCUAAGAAUGAGAUAGAGGCCACUCUAAGCCGUAAACAAGAGGAGAGAAAAACGUUGAGCUCUCAGUAUAAGAAAGUAAUUGACGACAAAGCUAAACUUGAGCAGCAAGUGACACAACUACUGGAGCACCACUGUGACUCGAACUCUUCUGCGAAUCAAAUAACCAAAAUGGAGGCUGACCUCGCCAGGAUAAGAACUGAGAGGAAUGAGCUGAGACAAAUUGUGCCUGAGUUGUCCCAGAAGAGUGCUCAUCUAAAGGAGGUGGAGGUGUUACAGUGUCAGCAGAAAUCUAUCGCUCAAACUGCUGUUAUAGAAAAUCAGCAAAAAAUCAGAAGAUCAGUGAUUGAUAAGCAGCAGCAACAAAAGAUUUGCGAUCUUGAGCAGCAGAUUCACGACUUGAAAGUUGGGCAGGAGAGUAUGUACCAGGCAAUGGAUGACAAUCAGGCAGCCGUGGAUAAAAGGUCGAAAGAUUACCAAGGACUCUUGGAAUACUCAAAAUCUCAGAGCAAGAAAAUUUUGGAGCUGAAAGACGAACUCAAAUCCUUGCAGGAGUCUAAGAAUGAGAUAGAGGCCACUCUAAGCCGUAAACAAGAGGAGAGAAAAACGUUGAGCUCUCAGUAUAAGAAAGUACCGUAUAGCGCGAAAUUUUCGAGGCACUUAUAUUUCGUGGAUUGGCCUCUAAAAGCCAUUUCGUUGCACAAUGUUCGCGGAAUGACUGCUUACCGGAAGCCACGCCUUUAAAUAUUUGCAUGAUAGCAGGUAAUUCUUAUUAACGAACACUUUUCGUGGACUUAAUUUUCGUGUAGAAUUCCAACCCACGAAAUCCGCGAAAAUUAAGCCCCUCGAAAAUUUCGCGCUAUACGGUAAUUGACGACAAAGCUAAACUUGAGCAGCAAGUGACACAACUACUGGAGCACCACUGUGACUCGAACUCUUCUGCGAAUCAAAUAACCAAAA